ACCUAAAAUUAUAAUAGAUUACUGCGUAGUCAUGAAAUAUGUCAUCAAAGACACAAUUAACGCUCGCAUUGUUAAAGCCAGAUAUUGCCCUGAAUCCCAUCGCAACGAAAGCAGUUACCGAUCGUAUUUCAAAAAACAACUUGCGCAUUUUGAGAAAGAAAACAGUUCACUGGAAAAGAAAAGAUGCUGAGAUUUUUUACAACCAGCACAGAGAGAGAUUCUUCUAUGAAAGACUUCUGGAUUACAUCACUUGUGGUCCUGUAAUCGCAUUAGUGCUUGCUGGACAAGAUUCUAUAAAAGGUUGGCGCAGCCUAAUGGGUCCAACGAAAGUUUUUAAGGCAAAUAUAUCAGAACCAUACUCGUUGAGGGGUGAGUAUGGUUUAACAGACACGAGAAAUUCAACACAUGGAUCAGAUUCUGAAGAAUCUGCCAACAGAGAAAUCGAGAUAAUUUUUGGGGAAAACACAGUCGACAUUGCUUCCACCAAAGAGUAUAACACAAACACACAAUUUCAUUGGGAUGAAAAUUCCAUAAACUCAUCUCUUGGAUUGUUAGACACAUGGAAUCAGUUCUAUAGAACCACUAAACCUAACCCAGAUUUCGAAUGGUUUGCAAACUAUGAUGAUCUGAAGGAUUCCAUUCUACCAAUGAUAAAAACUGCACUGAGUGCCCAAGAUAAUCUAGGUAACAGAAAACCAUACUUGCUGGACAUAGGCUGUGGAGACUCAACUUUUGGAGCAAACAUUGCAUAUGAUCUGAAAGAUGUUGAAGUAUACUGUCUGGAUUUUGCAAUCGAUUCACUGUGGAGGCUUCAAAACAAAAUGGAUGGAAACUCAAAAUUUGAUAAUGUCAGAAACUGCACUCUUGUUCAUGCUAAUAUAGCAGAGCAACAAGUGUUCCCUACAGGAAGUAUCUGUGCAGCACUGGAUAAAGGUACUACAGAUUCUAUAUUAAAGCAGCCUAAAGGAACUGAACUAGCAAGCAGAGCGUUGGCAAACAUCUAUAAAAUAUUAUGCAAAGAUGGAGUUUUAAUACAAGUGACAGACGAACCGCCAGAACUACGCAUCGACCUUCUACAAGAAGCUGCCAAAAGGUUACCAGAUGAUAUUACUUCUAAUAUCAGCAUUUCCUGUCAGCAAUUUACAUCUGUGAGGGACUAUUUUUUAUACACUGUAAGCAAGUCUUAGAAAAUAAUGCAACAUUGCAUUUGUCAUGUUUCUGAAC